UCCGUUCAUACAUGCUUGUUUCUGUCAGUUUUUAUUACUUACAUAUUUUAAAACAUUAAUUUUCAAAUUCGGCUGCAGCGGUAUUGUGGUUGGUGAAAAUCGGCGCAAAAUGCCUUCACCCAAUGCAGCUAGUCUAUUUGCCGGAAUACUAGUGGGGCUGGUAGUUGGCUAUGUGCUCUGGGAAUGUGUGAGCGCAUUUAUACCACACAUGCUGAAUAGAAAAUAUCACAUUACCGAGAGCAUGCGAAUGUCAGUACAGCCGAUAGAGGAGGAGGACGAUUAUCGCGAUGAAAGACAAUUAAUCGAUCUCUACAACUUCAGCUACAUCAUGAACCAGCCCAGUUGCACGCCCAAUAUCCAGGCGUUGGUGCUCGUGCCUUCGGCGCCGAAAAAUCUAUAUAAACGCAAAUUGAUACGACAAACGUGGGCGAAUUUCGUCGAAUUGCCACUGCAUAAGAAUAACAUACCAUUCCGUGUGAUCUUUAUGCUGGGCAUCCCCGACAGCGAGGCGAAUCAGGCAGAGUUGGAGCGCGAGAAUUUCGAAUACGACGAUAUGGUGCAAGGUUCGUUCGUCGAUGACUAUAGGAAUAUGACAUACAAGCAUGUGAUGUCCAUGAAAUGGUUUCUAACCUAUUGUAGUAGCUCGAAAAUUCUCAUUAAAGUGGACGACGAUGUCUUUCUCAACACACCGCAAUUGAUGAUUUACCUACACAACUCGAUGUUGCAUAAUCAGCUGCCGCAAACGGACAAUCAGGCUGGCGAUCAGGACAUCACGAACAUCAGUAAACCCCUGAAGCUGCUCUUUAGACAACAGAGAGAUCUAUUAUUUUGCAAUCUUAAGAUUGAUGAACCCGUCCAUCGUAGCUAUCGUUGUAAGUGGCAUACCAGCUACAAGGACUAUACCAACAAAACUUUUCCACCACAUUGUCCGGGUUUUGGUGUCGUCUAUUCAGCCGAUGUUGUGCGGCGUUUGUACGAUGCAGCACAGAGAGCAAAAUUCUUUUGGAUCGACGAUGUACACAUAACGGGUUUCUUAGCGAAACAGUUAAAUAUUAAGAUUGUGCCAGCGCAGGAUUAUACGGUGUACUGUUUGCGGAAACUGCACACAUGUGAACAACUUUUGGAUGAACCUGUUGAAUCCAAUCUGCACGAACAUCUCUUCGUAAUUUUGCCGACGCCAGAUCAAAUGUACAAUAUGUGGCAAUUGCAUCUUGGAAGACUGCGGGAAUACAUUAUGUCGGACGUGGAGAAUAGAGGGUCACAAGUUGAUUCAAUUGAGACUGAAUUAUGGUAGUCGAACACGUUGUAUUGUACUAAUUCUAGUAUUAUAUUAUCUGUAGUAAAUGUUUGUAUACAUUUGGAUUCUGGAAGUUUAAUAAAAUUAAUUGGCAUUGCAUGCA